AUGACUGACUCACCAUUUUGUAAUAUUGCAAACAGAAAAAGGCGUCAAACACUUCUUAUAAACGACUUAGGUCUUCAAAUACCUAUAGUAGAGAUUACGCCUCUCAAGAUUACCAAGAAAGUAGAUGAAUCAUCUUCAUUUAUGAACUCUGCAACUGUGUGCUAUAAUGAUGUCAAAACUGAAAUUGACCCACCUGAAAAGUCCGUCAUUUACGUGAAUCUCGUUGAUUCAAAAAUCCCAGAUGCAUGCUUAAAGAGUCUACAAGUUGAAUCAGCGAAGCUUGUCAAACAGGAAGUUCAACAACAGGUAUGCAUUCAAGAUACAUCAACUAUACUUAACGUGUCACUUAUGGAUUAUUUGGUAUAUAGUGAAAGGUGUGCGGAAGAUCUGUCAAUCGAUAUGUCUUCAAUAGCUGAUGAAUGUAUAAUUGAUAUUCAGGUUAAUAAAAAGUUGGCGCAAUGUACGUGCUGCAAUCGAUUACAUAUGCAGCGUUUAGAAGAAGGUCGAUAUCGACUAGGUACACGAAUUUAUUAUUUACGCAGGUUUCGAAAUCAUGUAAUGGUUCGAGUUGGUGGUGGCUGGUUAACAUUAGAUGAAUUUUUACAGCGUCAUGAUCCUUGCAGGCGUGGUAUAACUCCAUGUUGUACAGAGACAUCAGCUGUUCCCCAUAUCAAAUCAUGCCUUGAAGUGACUAAGCCAAUUCGUAGAUAUUCUGAUUUUGAUACAUCAUCAAUUCCUCGUGUAAAUUCUGUCAGUAAUCUAAUGAGGCAGUCGUCCAAUAGAAGCAGUAAUGGCAGUGUGGAAAGUCCUAGAAGUGAAUCCAGUACGGUUAGUAGUACUUUAGAUAAUGGUAUCCUGAAUAAUGAAAACCUUCCUCCGUUGUCAUCAACGAUGGUGAAUGGAACUAAAUCUAAGCAAGUGAAGGCAAUUGUUACACCUCGUCCUAUUAUACCAAAAGCCCCAACUCUUCGAACCGCUUCACGAACUCGUGAAUCCUCUAGAAGUCGUGAUGAUUCCACAACGAAAUUACCGCGGACAGCAACUGUUUCAAAUUUUAGAGCAUUGUCAACGAAAAGAACAAAUCCUACUCAAGUUUUAAGAGAUUCUAGAGCGGCAUCACAUUCACGUAAUCCUUCUGCAAGGCGUGAUGGUUCUUCAUCAAGAGUUCCGGACGUCACAACCACUUCCCGUUCUCGCGAUUCUUCUGCUAAGCGUGAAAAAUGUACUCCAAAUAACUCUAGAUCUCAAUCAAUAUCCAACCGAACACCUUGGAGGAAUUAA